AUGAAGAUCCUGUGGACGGUGGCCUGGAUGCUGCUGAGCCUGGCCUCCAUAGCAAUCUACAUCUUUGCCCUCAUCCAGAUCAUGGCUGUUUCGCGGAAGGAGCUUCACUCGAAAAAGCUCGACUUGGAAGCAGCUGAGCCAUCGUCGUCGUUCAGGAAGGCGUCUUGCGAUCAUGUCGAGCACGGCGAGCCGCAGCCACCAGUUUACACUCCGCGAAAGGAAAAUUCGGAGAAGCUUUAUUCGGAGGCAGCUGCAGAGCCAGCGUCGCCGUGGGAGAAGGCGUCCUGGGAGCAUGUUGAAUAUGGCGAGCGGGAGCCGCAACCACCUGUUUUCAUUCCGCGAAAGGAAUUCUACCAAUUGCGGGGUGUUACCUGUAUUUGCACCACCCGUGGGCCGUGA